AUGGAGAUGAAUAAAAGCACUUAUAAGAGGAAGCGAAUCGAUGUUCCCAGUGCCGCCCCGGAAGAUGCCUCGAGUUUUUACAAGAGGCUGGGACUGGACAUUUUGGCCCCGUCCUCUACUUCCGGGCAGCCUGAGGAGACUGAGCCACCCAGGAAGCGUUCUGUUCAGCAAGCGAGCCAUAUAGCUCUACAGAACACUAAACCUACUCACAGACCCGAUAGAGUGGGACAACAGUGGACUCAGUUUCAACAGAGAGAUAGACAUUCACAUGCAAUCAGACAAAAUUAUCCUCAUGGAAACGGAAACAGUGGAAGAACAGAGUCUGUGAGCACUGCUGCCUCUUACCGACCGCAACAUUCGCAACAAACUCGUCCACAUGAGCAUCAAAUACAUGCUAGGACAAGCUUGGUAAAUGGAGGUGCAAACCAAUACCAGCAACAUAGGCAACCAGCUCGCCAUGAAUAUCAGACUCAUCAGAAGGCUGAUUUGGUGAACGGUGGUGAUUUCCGCCGACAUCAAGAUGUGCAUCCUAAUUUUUCACAUCCAAGGACUGCGUCAAGGAACGCAGCUGCCCUCCACAGACGUCAGCAUUUGCAACCGGCUCGUCAUCAACAGAGAGCGGUUCGCAAAGAGCCUCGGGUCAUACCAAUCAACAGAUACGCUCCUCCAGACUACAUGAAAAUAAUGUAUCACCCGACUCCGACACUGGAGGAUCUGGGGUUAACCAGUUAUCUGGAUAGUCCUCCCUCAUCACCGAGAGCUACGUCACCAGUUCGGGAGUCCACUGCCACUUCAGAUCAGGAGACAACACAGGCUCUCUCAGGGAAUGGAUUGUCCAUGCCAACUUUGAUAAUGCCAAAACAGAUGACUGAGAGACCCCAGACUGUCUCAGGCAACAACUUGAUUAAUAACUCGACAACGAGUGUCAGACCUCCAGUGUACGUCCCAAGUUUUGCUCCCAAAGGCUGGGUUAAGCCUGCUGAGGCACGCAAUCCCUCACAGGGACAUGGGCAUACAGACAGAAUGGAAGGAAGUCACGUUACACAAACAAUGCCUAGUUCUUAUGUGGAUGAACAAACUGUGUCAAAAUCUGCAAAACCUGCUGUACAAACGAUCAGCACUGCUCUGGUUAAUAGACCCAAGAAAGUGGCAUGUGACUGGUCAACAAUUGCUGAGCAGUAUUCCACAGAGAGUCGUCAGUCUGACAACCAAGAGGCGAGACGUGACGCAGUGUAUGGACGCUAUAACGGUGAUGUGCGUCUCUCAAGUAAUAAAGAGACUCACGACGCAGAGCGUUGCAAGAAUCAAGAGACAUGGCGUCGGACAAAUAAUACUGCACAGAUUCAUCCCUCUAACCAGCAGACAUUUGACCAGAUAAUGGCACAGCAGAAAGCUAGACAAAAUGUUCGUCAGCAACAACUUGAGACUAACAUCAAGUAUGCACAAAUUGCAGGAGUCAAAGUUAAUGAGUUGACUAGCUCAGAGACGAAGGGAAAGGCGCUUGGAAACAUGUACGAUCUAUUUGGUGGCAUGUCUCCAUUUAGCUGCUGGAUUCAGUCGCCUACAAGAGAUCCGAGAUUUUCAUAG